AUGGCUGUCGCCAGUAAUGAUAUGACACCUCAAGCCCCUUCACCUGGCCAUACAAAUGGCGUCGUAAAAGCCUGCGAUCCAUGGCCAGAACCGUACUACCUGGAGGGUGGUUUUCGCCGAGUCAAGCCCUACCAUUAUACCUACAAUACCCAUUGUAAAGAGCGAUGGCGUAACCGGCCGCUGGAGGAGAUCUUUCUCUCGGAGUUUCGAGACCGAACCCCAGAUUAUUACAGAAAAGCUCUAGAUUCAGGUCUGGUUACUGUCAACGGUAAACCAGCAGGUCGCGACACCGUGAUCAAAAACGGCCAAGUCCUGUCGCAUACAACCCACCGCCACGAACCACCCGUCAGCAGCCAACCCAUUGGCAUUAUCCACGAAGACGACGACCUGCUUGUCAUCGACAAGCCCGCCGGUAUUCCCGUCCACUCCGCAGGCCGCUACCACCACAAUUCCGUCGUCGAAAUCCUCCAAGCCGAUCGCGAAGAUGGCUGGAUCGCCCGGCCCUGCAACCGCCUGGACCGCCUGACGUCCGGCGUGAUGUUCAUCGGCAAGCACCCCAAGGGCGCCGAGAAAAUGUCAAACCAGCUGCGCGCCCGCUCCGUCCAGAAGGAAUACAUCGCCCGUGUCAAGGGCAAGUUCCCCGACGGCGUGGUCGUCUGCGACCAACCCAUCAUGCAAGUCAGCCCCAAGCUGGGCCUCAACCGUGUCCGCGCCACCGGGAAAACCGCCACGACCAAGUUCCGCCGUAUCGCAUACUAUCCGCCUGAAUGGGAACAGCCGGCUCGCCCAGCCGCUGAUACGACCGAGCAGUCUUCCGACGGCCCUGUGCCCCGCCCGGCAACCCCGCCGCCAGCACUCUAUAAUGAAGCAGAGGGGUAUAGUAUAGUUCAUUGCUACCCGCUCACGGGCCGCACACACCAGAUCCGCGUCCACCUCCAGUUCCUGGGCCACCCGAUCUCGAACGACCCGAUCUACUCGAACAGACGGGUCUUCGGACCGGGGCUGGCAGCGAACGAGUCCCACGGCGAUCGCGACGAGGAGAUCAUGGAACGGCUGAACAAGAUGGGGAAGACGGAGCUCCCGGAUACGGGGAGCUACCGCAAUCAUUUCACCGCUGCGCCGAACCUGCCGAUCCCGCCGUUCUGGCGGAGAUCAUGUCUCGCGAGCAGCAGGCUGCGACGGAGGAACUAUGAGAAGCGUAAGGGCGAACGACUCUCCGGUGCGCUCUGUGAUGUCUGUGGGACCGAAUUAUACUCGGACCCCGGGGUCCAUGAGCUCGGCAUCUUCUUACACGCUGUUUCCUAUGCGGACCUGGAAGGUGAUUGGCAUUAUCGUAGUGGGAUGCCGAAUUGGGGGUUGCCACCUUAUGGACUGGAUGGACCGCGGGAGGUGCCGGACUGGGUUCCUGCGGCGGAGGGCGAAGAGGUUGUUAUUGGGCAUGGAACUGUUCCUCCUGAGAUUGGUGGUGACGAUGAGCCGGAGGCACGGGGGCCAAGUCUUCGGAUCAGGUUCUGCUGGAGGGCGUUGGCUUGCUGA